AUGAUUCUCUGCGCCGCCGCUGCCGCCGCCGCCGCCGAGAGUCCCUACGGAUCCGCCUACAGACUACCGAGUGGAUCUCUGUCUCGCAGACUAGUGUCUCUUUCUCUUUUCUUCUUCUCGCUUGCAGGUAGAGAUGAACCUUCCAGCUACGUGUGCACGACAUGCAAGCAACACUUCCCCAGCGCCUGGUUCCUCCUGCAGCAUGCCCAGAACACCCAUGGGAUGCGCAUCUACCUGGAACACAAUGGCUCCAACACCUCGCUCACGCCACGGAUCACUCUUCCUCCUCCCAUUGGAGCCGAGUCCAUACCCCAGUCCCCUUUGACCAACUUCUUAGGGGAAAACAACCCCUUCCAUCUGCUCCGUAUGACCGGGCCGCUGCUCCGAGAACCCACCCCGGGCUUUGUCGAGAACCGUCUCCCAAACACCCCCCCUUUUGUUAGUCCCCCUCCACGCCACCACCUAGAUCCCCAUCGCCUGGAACGCCUUAGCGCCGAGGAAAUGGGUUUGAUUUCCCAGCAUCCCAGUGCCUUCGAGAGAGUGAUGCGCUUGACACCCAUGGCCAUGGAGACCCAGUCCAUGGAUUUCUCGCGACGUCUGCGAGAGCUGGCGAGCAACAACAACUCCACCCCUCCGCUCUCACCCAGUCGUGCCAACCCUAUGCACCGCCUGCUCAAUCCUAAUCCCUUCCAGCCUAACCGCAAGUCACCCUUCCUCAGCACCCCUCCACUUCCGCCAAUGCCCCCAAACAGCACCACGCCACCUCAGACACAGGACAAGAGCAAAUCCUGCGAAUUCUGUGGGAAGACCUUCAAGUUCCAGAGCAACCUGAUAGUGCACCGGCGAAGCCACACAGGAGAGAAGCCCUACAAGUGCCAGCUGUGUGAUCACGCCUGCUCCCAGGCCAGCAAGCUGAAGCGCCACAUGAAGACCCACAUGCACAAAGCCAGCUCAGUGACGGGUCGCUCAGAUGAUGGCCUUUCAACCACCAGUUCACCUGAGCCAGGCACUAGCGAUGUCACAGGAGAUCCCAUGAAAAACAGGGAUGGUGACUUCCAAGGCGAGGGACUGGGGCCAGACAAUGAAGAAGAGGAGGAGGAAGAAGAAGAGGAGGAACUGGAGAACGAGAGUAGGCCAGAGUCAAACUUCAGCAUGGACUCUGAGUUUAGCCGUAACAGGGAGAAUGGCUCCAAACCCCCAAAUGAUGAGAAGAGCCUCUCCUUGGGUAAAAUGGUAGACAAUGUGGGGCUGAACUCUAUUCAGCAGUACAAUAACUUGAUCGUUGACAAUCGUAAAAGGCUUCCCUUCUCAAAGAGGGGCUCUGAUGGACACAGAGACACAGGCGAUGAGGACUCUGUGGUAGAGGAAAUGGAUCACGUGGAGCGGGCCACAAUAAACGGCAGGAACUGUGGCUCAGGUGAUUCUUUCUCAGGCCUGUUCCCCCGCAAGCCCACCCCUAUCACCAGUCCCAGCCUCUCCAACACCUCUAAAAGGAUCAAAAUAGAGAAAGACUUGGACAUGCCCCCAGCAUCUCUAAUCCCCUCAGAGAACGUAUACUCUCAAUGGCUGGUGGGUUAUGCAGCAUCACGGCACUUCAUCAAAGACCCCUUCCUCGGCUUCACCGAUUCCAGACAAUCACCUUUCGCCACCUCGUCCGAGCACUCGUCGGAAAACGGCAGCCUGCGGUUCUCCACUCCUCCUGGAGACCUGUUGGAUGGGGGCCUUUCUGGACGCAGUGGCACUGCCAGCGGCGGCAGCACGCCUCAUCUGUCUGGAGGCCAGGGACCAGGACGUCCUAGCUCCAAAGAGAGCCGGCGCAGCGACACGUGCGAGUUCUGUGGCAAGGUUUUCAAGAACUGCAGCAACCUGACGGUGCAUCGACGCAGCCACACGGGCGAAAGGCCCUACAAGUGCGAGCUGUGCAACUACGCCUGUGCGCAGAGCAGCAAGCUCACUCGCCACAUGAAGACGCACGGGCAGCUCGGACUUCCUGUGAUGUGUAGUUGAAGUAGCAACACGCAUAAAGAAUGCGCAGCUGAAAGUUUUUUAAAGCUCCACAUUUCCCCUUCCCUCCCCCUCCCCCUCCCCCUCCUACCACCCCACAACCUUUUUUUUUUUUUUUUUUUUUUCCCUUUUCUCUCGACGAUCGUUCCCAUCACCUAAAAACACGACCACGAUUCGUAUGUUACCGCACCAGGGUCGACAAUUUCUAGAAUUCAGAGGAGGUUUAAAAAAAAAAAAAGAAAAAAAAAAAGAAAAAAGAAAAGAAAAAAGAAGAAGAAAAAAGAAGAGAGAAAAAGUCAGCCGCAUCUCUUUUGCAGUUCGUUCCCCCGCACUUUAUGAUUUGUUUUGUGCAUUUACGGCGUCACGGAGAAAACGGCUUCUGAGCAAGAAAUUAUGCGGAAAAAGGAUUUUUUUUUUUUUUUUUUUUUUUUUUUUAAGUUUUGCGAAAGGGAUCAUCUGAGAUUCAAGUGCCCGUGUUGCAAGGCUUGGCUUUCAUGACACAGGCACUAUAAAAAAGUAAAAUUAACUUAUUUGGACGGUUUUUGUACUGCCGUAUCAAUUUGACAUGAGUGUGCCUUGAAUACUGAAUACUGAUCUUCCUAUUUAUUGUCUCGCAAAAGACAAAAUGCAACUUUUUGGGGGGGGGGGGGUGCGCAAACGAAUAAAUAAAUAAAAGAAAUAAAUAAAUAAAAGAAAGAAAGAAAUAAAAGAAAUAAAUAAAUGAAAAGUCUGUAGAUUUAAUCUGCUUCUGAAAAAAAAAAUGAACGAAUCGGUGAUCGGAAAUAAUUCUUGAACAAAGAAUCUCGAUAACGAGUAAGUAAACAGCACAAGUGUGUGUGUGUGUGAUGUGUGUGUGUUUGUAGAUAUGUAUAGUAUGCGUAGCACAAACACACACACACACACAGUACACGUAUAUAUGUAUAUUUCUUCACUUCAGGAUAUGACGCAAACCCUUAAAAAACAACAACUUUUUUUAAAAUUUUCAUCCCCCUCCCCCAUUUUUUUCCUCCCUCUCUCUCUCUCUCUCUCUCUCUCUCUCUCUCUCUCUCUCUCUCUCUCUCUCUCUCUCUCUCUCUCUCUCUGUCUCUCUUUUUGCAACAAUUAGAAAAGGAAGAGACUGGACGAACAUCAGGAACUACAGAAACUUACAAAAAAACAAACAAACAAACAAAAAAAAAACUUUAGUGCACUCUGUCUUAAAAUACGUUUACAGUAUUGAAACAAGUACAAGGGUAAAAAUGAUAUUUCUGUGUAUGUGUUUUAAACAAAAAAAGUAUUUUUUUCGUUGUUGUUUUUUUCCCUCUCUCUUUCUCUCUCUCUCCUUUUUUUUUUUUUUCUUGCUUAUAAAAUUUCUCUGAAUGCCACAGUGGCUAUGUGUAUAUUGUUUUUUUUUUUUUUUCUUGGUGACGGGGUUUUAGUAUAUAUAUAAAUAUAAAAAUAUAAAUAUAUAUAUAUAUAAAUAUAUAUAUUACAUUUUUUUUUUCUUUUCUUGUUUACUGUAAAAGUAUACCGUUAUUUGUAAUAUUGGAGAAUGCCUGGGCAUUUUACACAAAAAAAAAGAAAGAAAAAAAAAAGAAAAAAAUGUUUUUUUUUAACUGACUUUUUUUUUCUUUUCUUUUUUUUUUUUUUGGUUGGUUGGUUUAAUUUUGCAGUCCGAAUUAAAUGGUGGGUCUCGAUUUAAUUUUAUUCUUAUUUUUUUUUUUGUCACUGUAACUGUAAAAGUCUUGAGUUUUUCGUAGCUUUCUGCCUCGGGUGUGUGAGAGAAUAAAGACUAAUUAAUUAAAAAAAAGAGAACUGCAAAAUCGAGCUUGUAGGCUGAAAGGUCUGUGAGGAUGAUGAUGAUGAUGAUGAUGAUGAUGAUGAUGAUGAUGAUGAUGUCUGGAUGAUCCCAGUCCAACACCCCACCCCCCCACCCCAAAACAUUAACACUCUGCAGGAAAAAAAAAAAAAAAAACAAUCCUUGACUCCUUGUCAUCUGUAUGUUUUUAUUUGAGCUGGAUCGGAUUCUCUUAAAGACAAUUCACGUCUUUGUAAACGGGGCUUGAAAUCUUCGGACCUUGUGAUGCGACGUCGCCCCUCUGAGCUGCCACGAUACAUCCUUUUUUCUUUUUCUCGGCAGGAUUAAACGGGAAGCAUUUUGCAUUUCUGGAUCUGAAACCUGUACAGAAGGAUUAAGAGGCUGUUCGACAGCCUUUUGCUGUAGCUGCAUAUAUGACAGUAAAUGUUUUUGCUCACUAUAAUAUUGGUUGUAAAUAUUUUUUUUAAUGCUUAACCCAGACCUUUUGCUUUCUGUUUUUUCUUUGUGUGUGUUGGGCGUGGCCCCGGGAGCAGCCUGGCUCUUACCUGUGUGUUCGAUUCUGAGUGUAAAAACGCGGUUCUGUACGGAGCCUGCAGCGUGCAGCUCUCUUAGCAUGAGAAGAAUAGAGCACAAAUACAAACUGUUUUACUUGUCUAACUCA